GAUUCUCCAACCUGCUAGCUCUGAGUCAUAUCCUGUACAAGAUUUCCGGCCCUUUUCUCUCUGCCUCAGCCCUCGUGGCCUGGAGAUAUACACAUGGACUACAACGCUGGUUCCCGCCUUCACAUUCUGUUAAAGCUGUUCUGGAUGACAAAUAUGUUUGAAAUAGGACAGACCAUGUGCAGAAAUGAGGCAGUGGAAGUAACGGCUACAUGUGGUGACUCUGUGACCCUCCCGUGCCACUUUUCUGGUGUGUCUGAGUCUGCCAGUGUCAUCUGGCAGAAACGCUCGACUGACGCCGAGUUGGUGUUUCAUGUGGAGACAGAAGACUCCAUUGGUGAUGGCCAGAACGCCUGGUACAAGAACAGGACCAUGUUACACCCCGACUGGCGCAGGACGAACGAGGCAGCCCUUACCCUCAAGCACGUCAUGCUGAAUGACAACGGCACCUACUUCUGUUAUGUCCGCUUGAACCACCAGAAGAGUCUGAUUUGCUCCACUGUUUCAUUGGGCGUCAAACAAGACACUGAUGUUUUCUCGCCAGUGCAUUUCGAGUUCAGGGCGAAACAAGGGGAAGAGCUAAAUUUCCAGUGGGGCUUAAACCUGCGCUGCGUCGGCACUGAGGGCCUGGGCGUGACGUGCAUGUCCAGUAACUCCACCGACCGGUGCCACUUCGAGCUAUGGAAAGCGGGGACCACCGCGGUUGCCCAGUCUGAGAACCACGCCCUCAUCCUGGAAGAAACUGGUGGAAAUGCCACCUUCCGUGUGCCGGGCUUCUCCUUCGCGCCGCCAGGGGGCGCCGUCGAGUGCUGCCUGGAGAACGUUGGCGCUGACAUGGAGAUGUGCGCCCGCUCCAGGGUCAAAGUCAUGGGGUCCACCAACGGCACUGACUCAGCGCACCGAGGAUGCCAUCAACUCUUAAGCUUGCUGUUGCUGGCCUUCAUCGUGGUUGUUUUGUGAAAUUAGGGGUUUUUUUUCAACAGAACUGGUGAUGGUGAGGAUGCAAAUGUGGUUUCCCAAAUGUCAGCGAGAGGAAACAGCGUCGACUUGCUCUUGUAUUGCAGAUGUUUACGGUGCAGGAAAAAGCCCAUCAGCAAAGAUCGGACCACCCCCGACUCGCUCUCCGGUUUUCAGCCUCGGAGGGUACGGAGACCAAGUGUUAUCAUGCUGUCGAAAUAAAAGGUUCGGGUUAUAACUGA